ACUUCCCUUUCUACCUAGCAACAGACAAGCAAAAUGGCCAGCCAAGAUGAAGAAAAACCGAAAAGCAAAAGGAUUUUUGUCAAUCAUGUCGACCAGUAUCAAGGAAAAAAUAUUGCAAAGUUCAUUUCUCGAUGUGUGGUUGGGGCCUCCUUAGAAGAACCAGAGGAGGAAGAUGAUGCUAGAUCCACCACUAGUUCCAUCAUUGCUGCCCCUAAGGAGGGGUGUUAUGAAGUUGUGGGAACUGUCAAGGAUCGUGAAGCCCCUAAACCAGAUUUCAUGAAGGAGGUCAUCAAGUUUGAUAAUAAAGAUCAGCUGUAUGAACAUUUGGUUGAGUGUGACAUCAUUGUGUAUGACAUCACAGAGGAUCCUGAUCAGAUUGAUGAAGCAGUAUGGGCUGUGUCAGAGAUUCAUUCUGAUCUGGAGAAGAUGGAGAAACCCAAAAUGUUUAUUUUGAUUUCUUCGGUGAUGACAUGGGCAAAGAGCAAACCACUGGAUCCUGAUGAUCCAGAAAUUCCAUUCACUGAGGAUGAUUACAGAAGAAGAAAACCACAUCCUAACUUUAAGGAACACAUCAGCGCUGAAAAGACAGUUAUCAAACUAGGAAAGACAAAUAAAGCUAAGCUUGUGACAUAUGUUGUGGCAUCUGGGCUUACCUAUGGAGCAGAGGAGAACAUUUUUCACUAUCUGUUUAAAUCUGCCUGGCACAAUGCUCCAUACCUACAGUGUUUUGGAAGUGGUCAGAAUGUUGUGCCAACCAUUCACAUUAAAGAUUUAGCUGCUGUCAUACAGAAUAUUGCUGACAGUCGACCAAAAGUGCGUUACCUGAUAGCAAAGGAUGACACUCAAACCACACUGGAAGAAAUAGUCAAGGCCAUCAGUGAAAAACUUGGGAAGGGUAAAGUGAAAAAUAUCACAAAGGAGGAGGCUCUUCUCAGCAAAGAUAUCGAGCAGUCAGAUUUCGACCAGCUUCUGGUGAACCUGAGGAUGGAUGCUGUGUUUGUGAAGGAGAAUAUGAGGAUAAUGUGGGUGUCUGAGGCUGGAAUGGUAGAAAAUAUUGACCAGAUCAUAAAGGAGUACAAAGACUCAAGGAAGCUCCAGCCUCUUAGAAUUUGCAUUCUGGGACCACCCGCUUCCGGUAAAACAACUGUUUGUCAGAAACUGUGCGAAUUCUAUAAACUCCACCACAUCAAAAUCAAGGAUGUUAUCGAUGAAGCCAUGGAGGAACUGCAAACACUGUCCAGGCGAGCAGAUUCUGAGGACCAAGAAGAUGAUGAUGGGAAGGCACAGGAUGCCCAGGAGCUCCUCAAUGAAAUAGAACAAUCCAAAAACCAGGAAACCGGAAAAAUUGAAGAUUCUCAUGUCAUUAAGUUCUUCAGAGACAAACUGCAUUCAAAGCCCUGUCAGAACCAGGGUUUCAUUCUGGAUGGAUUCCCCAAAACCAUAGAACAAGCCAAUGAUCUGUUUGCCACUGAAGAAGAGGAUGAUGCAGAGGAAUCAGCAGCUACAAAGUUUGAUAAAACAAUCAUGCCUGAUUACGUCUUCUGUUUGGAGGCCAAUGAUGAGUUCUUACGACAGCGUGUGAUGAACCUGCCAGAGAGCGUGGUCCAUGGAACCCAUAAUGAUGAGGAUGGGCUUAUGAAGAGACUUGAAUUGUACCGCAGCCUCAAUAAUGAUGAAGAGACUGUCCUCAACUACUUUGAUGAGAAGGAAUUUCACCCUGAAAAAAUAGAUGUCACAAAGGAUGAUUCUCCCAUGAUGAGAGAUACAGUGGAAAAGAUCAAGAAAACCAUUGGAGAACCUAGAAAUUAUGGUCCCACACCUGAGGAACUUGAGGAAAUGAGGAGACAAGAGGAGGAAGCUCGCCUCAGGAAGGAGAUGGAGGAAAAGCAAGAAAAGGAGAGACAGGAAGCUGAAGAGGCUGCACUCCGUAAACAGAGGCAGGAGGAGUGGACACAGCGUUUGAAUGAAGUGAAGAGAGAGGAAUUUGAACUCUUGGAGGCACAGUCCAUUCCACUGAGGAACUACUUAAUGAAACAUGUGAUGCCAACUCUCACCCAAGGCCUUAUUGACUGCUGCAAAACUAGACCUGAUGACCCCAUUGAUUACAUUGCAGAAUUCCUUUUCCAGAACAACCCACAGGUAGAUUGAGUACUUGCAUCCUGUGAAGCCAUUGUUGUGUUAUGGUGUAGAUGGACAUUAUAUCUGUGAAAAGUCAUCUGUUGCAUGGCCUGCACUAUGACUAGUGUUUAUUGUUACAUUAUGUACAUCUUUUUCUAUUGAGGUUGUAAAUAUAAAGAAUAAACAAUUACAAAUUC